UGCAUUGCUCCAGAUUCGUCUGGGGCCUUGAAAAGCCUGGCUGACUUUUCGGACGUUGACGUCGGAUUACGAGACCACUUGGUAGAUUUGUAUCUCAAGUUGAUUCAUGACAAGCCGCACACGCUAUUUCAUCCUCCAACAUUGAAAAACCAGGCGCGCGAAGGCUCAUUGCCGAAAACUAUCCUUUACGGGGUGAUGGCUUUGGCAGCACGGUUCUCCCAUGAUUCAAGAACAAGAAAGCGAACAAAAGAAUUUUUUAACUAUGCUAAGGAGGCCUUUAAAAUGAACCUUCUGGAUAUAAGUCUUGAGAAUAUCCAGGCCAGUGUCCUUGUAGGCAACCUCUGUGGUGCAGAAGGAGAGCCAGAACAAGAGUCGUUAUUUUUCGGAAUUGCAUUUCGCCUGGCUCAAAUAAUUCACCUUCCUUCAGGAAAUCUGAACGAAGGGGCCAUUUUAAGAGAAGUUAAACUCCGCACAUGGUGGUCACUGUAUAUGAUCGAUCAAUGGUCUUCAGCUGGAUUAGGAGUGCCAAAACAACUCACUGAUGAUGACUGCAACCCCCUGCCUAUGGUUGAACUUAAAUUCUGGGAGCCAACCCCAGAUGUUUCCCCUUCCGAUCCGACUGAAAAGCCCGGUCUCUGGGGGUACAUGAUCAUGUUGGCGAAAAUUUUCGGUCGUAUUCAGAAUUUGCACCAACGUCUUGCCAAUGAAACAUUAAAUGAGCAGGAGGCCGAAUACAUAACGAAGGGUCUUUCUUCCAAUUUGGAGUGUUUUAUGGAAGUACUACCGGCGGAACACCAUUUCUCUCUAACAAAUCUCAGACUCCAUGCGGCUCAAGGUCUAGGACGUGCUUUUGUUGCCCUUCACCUUGGCUAUCACCACUACGCUACUCUGCUCUAUUUCCCAUACCUGGAUCACCAGCUAAAAGAAAUAUCAAACCAGAAGCUCUAUGCUGGUCGCUGUAAAUAUCAUGCUGCGGCAUUCAGCGACCUUCUCAAACUCUCUCACGAGGAAGAAGAAUGCGAGGCAGUAUAUGUUAUUGUCGCUCAUAUGACAGUAGUUUCAUCUGCAGCGCUACUGCACACUCUACUAUUUGGCGAAUAUCCGGAAUUGCCAGACACAAGAUCGAGAUUAUCUGACAAUUUCGCGACUUUAUUGAAGUUGAAAGAGUAUUGGCCUGCUGUUGAAAUGAUGAUCGAGAGGCUUUUCACUUUCCAAAAGGUUUGCAUGCGGUCCAUGGAGCAGAUCUACACAGUUGACAAGUGGAUUGUGAAAUUCUUGCUACAGCAUGCUUUUCCUAUGGAAGAGUCUACUGCGCCUUCUCAUUCUCUUUCAGAAAGAGGGAAAUUUGCAGAUGACGCGCUGUCCAUGCUUCGAUAA